AUGGUAUCCCCUGAAACUGUAGUCCUGAGUCCCCGUUCCCAGCAACUCAUUGCUUCAAGCAUGAAGACACUUCUUGAAGAUGAAACCCUCAUUGAUACCUCUCUACAAUGUGUAGUGAAUCCAGAGAUAACUGUGAAGGACAAGUGCAAGAAUAAGUUGAAUACUGUGGUCCUGAGCCGCCAGAUGCAGCAGCUCAUUGCCUCAAGGUGUUUGGUGAUGUCUAAGCAGUUUUCAUCUUUUUGCUCCCUGUAUGCGCCACCAUAUUCAGAGGUGUGCUUGCAGCAAAGGCAGAAACAACUAGAAACCAUUAAACAACUGCCAGAAGAUGUUGUCAACCAGGAAGCAACCCUCAGGAAGACGCUCCAAGAAGUUAGCCAAUGGCUGGAGGAUGCCAAGGAACAGGUUAAGGAUCAAGCUCAGACAGCCACUUCUGCUGUUGAAGAAGCUAAGACGUUACAGCAUGAAUUAGAGGAAGCAGUUUCUGAACAAUGGAAUCUCCAGACUAUAAAUACUGAGCUAUGGGACAAAUGCCAGACACUUGAGCAGAAGACAAGAAAACUGAAAAAUUCCAGCUCAGAAAUUUUGAGUAUGGCUUCUGGUGACCUCAACAGUAGACCACUCUAUGAGAAACAGGAAGAUACAAGCUCACCUUCUACUGUGACAGAGAUUCAAGGCUCCAGUCCAGCUUGUGACAAUAUUCCCUUUGAAGGCUCUAUGAGUGAGGACAAAGCCAUAUCAAAUCUGGAAGCUAAGAAGGAACCAGAAACAAUGGAAGCACUUAGGAAAGAAUGUGUUGCAGGAGACACUGCUAAUUCCCCUCUUCCUGUAACUACUGUGAAAUCAGUCAACUUUAGACAAAGUGACAACAUUUCUGCUAAUGAGAAGGAGGUGGAGGCUGAAUUUCUCAGAUUAUCUUUGGGAUUUAAAUGUGACUGGUUUACCUUGGAGAAAAGAGUGAAGCUUGAAGAAAGGUCCCGUGACCUCGCAGAAGAAAAUUUGAAGAAGGAAAUCACAAACUGUUUAAAGCUAUUAGAGUCUUUGACACCUCUUUGUGAAGAAGACAACCAGGCCCAGGAAAUCAUUAAGAAGCUGGAGCAGAGCAUAGCUUUUCUUAGCCAGUGUGCAGUUCGAAUGGCCAGUAGGGCUGAGAUGUUGGGAGCCAUUACUCAGGAGAGCCGGGUUAGUAAAGCAGUUGAAGUGAUGAUUCAGCAUGUAGAAAACCUGAAAAGAAUGUACGCCAAAGAGCAUGCUGAAUUAGAAGAACUGAAACAGGUUCUUUUGCAGAAUGAAAGAUCUUUUAACCCUCUUGGAGAUGAAGAUGACUGCCAAAUUAAAAAACGUUCAGCUUCGCUAAACUCAAAGCCAUCUUCACUUCGAAGAGUGACAAUUGCUUCUUUGCCCAGAAAUAUUGGAAAUGCAGGAAUGGUGGCUGGGAUGGAAAAUAAUGACCGAUUCAAUCGGAGGUCAAGCAGUUGGCGUGUUUUGGGAUCAAAACAGAGUGAACACCGUCCCUCAUUACAUCGAUUUAUUAGCACCUAUUCCUGGGCCAAUGCUGAAGAUGAAAAAUGUGACCCAAAAACUAAAGAUGACUCAGAACCACCUGGAGAAGAAAUAGUAGAAAGGACAAGGAAGUCCAGUCUCUCUGAAAAGAAAAAUAAUCCAUCAAAAUGGGAUGUUUCUUCAGUUUAUGACUCAAUUGCUUGCUGGGCUACAAAACUCAAGACUUCAUUCAGAACAGCUAAUAAGGCCCUGUGGAUUUCUGUUGUAGUCGUUGUACUGUUUGCAGCUCUGAUGAGCUUCCUCACAGGCUUAUUUUUCCAGAAGUCCGUGGAUGCUGCUCCCACACAGAACGGGGACUCCUGGAUGUCCCUAGAACAUGCCCUGUGGCCUUACACCAAAUUCCAACAGAAUGGGCCACCACCAGUGUGA